UAUAAAUAACGCUGAAAGUUCAUACCUUAGACUAUAAUAAACUUACCAUCGUAAGAUGAAGAUCUACGCUUUCAUAAGUCUUUUGUUGGCCAUCUUGGCGCUUGCAGUCGCAACACCAAAUCCUGAACCAAAACCUGAACCAAAGUGGGGAGGUGGCGGUGGUGGUGGUGGUGGCGGUGGAAAAUUGUGGGGAGGCGGCGGUGGUGGUGGUGGAGGUGGUGGAAAAUAGAUUCCUUAACCACUUAC